CAUUCCUUCACCGUGCUGUCCACACAUGUGCGAUGGGACUGUGUCUGAAGACCGGCUUUAGAAAGAGUAGUUGUCACGUUUGACCCUUAGCAGAUUAUUCCGAGCUCCCUAUAUUGAGAAACAGCCUGCGCUAUGAAGUUUGCGUACAAAUUCUCCAACCUCCUGGGCGCCGUGUAUCGCCGGGGGAACCUCACCUUCUCCCGCGAUGGCAACUCGGUCCUGAGUCCCGUGGGAAACCGCCUCUCCGUGUUCGACCUCAGGAACAACAAGUCGGAGACGCUGCCGGUGUCCACGGCGAAGAACAUCACUUCCGUGGCUCUGUCGCCGGACGGGAACUUGGCCAUUCUGGUGGAUGAAGAUGGAGCUGCUCUGCUUGUCAGCCUGGUGACCCGUGCCGUACUGCACCAUUUCCACUUUCACAAGCCUGUGCACAGCGUGAGCUUCUCACCAGAUGGAAGGAAGUUUGUGGUCACCAAGGAGAACGUGGCCCUCAUGUAUCACGCCCCUGGAAAGACCCACGAGUUCAACGCCUUUGUGUUGGACAAGAGCUACUAUGGCCCCUACGACGAGACCACGUGCAUCGACUGGACCGAUGACUCCAAGUGCUUCGUUGUCGGAAGCAAGGACAUGACCAGCUGGGUCUUUGGGGCUGAGCGCUGGACCAACCUCAUCUACUACUGUCUAGGUGCACACAAGGACAUCAUUGUGGGCUGCUUCUUCGAGCAGGGCAGUCUGGAUCUGUACACGGUGAGCCAGGAUGGCACCCUCUGCAUAUGGGAGAGCGACACGGAGCUGGACGGCCUGCUGCUCGGCGACCGCGAGAAGCCCGAGGAGGCGGAGUCGGAGGAACCCCAAGGCGAGGCCGCAGAGGAGGAGGAGACUCGGCAGGAGGACGGACAGCCGCCAAGCGAGGUCAUUCGCGGGAAGGCCGACGGCAAUAAGGAGAAGGACGGCCGCGAGAACGUGCGCUACAAGCGGCGCGGCAAGUACUUCUUCAACAAGGAGGGGGACUUCAACAACCUGACGGCCGCAGCUUUCCACAAGAAGACUCACCUGCUGGUGACGGGCUUUGCUUCCGGAAUCUUCCAUCUGCACGAGCUUCCGGAGUUCAACCUCAUCCACUCGCUCAGUAUUUCGGACCAAAGGAUCGCCGCCAUCUCCAUCAACUGCACAGGAGACUGGAUAGGCUUCGGCUGCUCAGGCCUAGGACAGCUGCUCGUGUGGGAGUGGCAGAGCGAGUCCUACGUCUUCAAGCAGCAGGGACACUUUAACAACAUGGCCGCCCUGGCCUAUUCCCCCGACGGGCAGUACGUCGCCACCGGAGGGGAUGAUGGGAAGGUGAAGGUGUGGAACACCAACAGCAGCCUGUGCUUCGUCACCUUCUCGGAACAUAGCAGCAGCGUCACCAGCGUGGCCUUCACGUCGCGCGGGUUCGUCAUCGUCAGCGCGUCGCUCGAUGGCACCGUGAGAGCCUUCGACCUCCACAGGUACCGGAACUUCCGCACCUUCACGUCUCCGCGUCCGGCCCAGUUCUCCUGCCUGGCCGUGGACGGCAGCGGGGAGCUGGUCUGCGCUGGAGCCCAGGACUCCUUUGAGAUCUUCAUCUGGUCCAUGCAGACGGGGCGCCUGCUGGAGGUCCUUGCGGGUCACGAGGGCCCGGUGAGCGGCCUGAGCUUCAACCCGGUGCGGUCGAUCCUAGCCAGCUCCUCUUGGGACCGUACCGUCAAGCUGUGGGACAUGGCGGACAGUUGGCAGACCAAGGAGACGCUACGCCUCACCUCCGACGGCCUGGCGGUCACCCACCGGCCAGAUGGCCAGGAGCUGGCAGUGGCCACGCUGGACGGAGAGAUUUCCUUCUGGAACCCGAUGACGGCAAUGCAGACGGGCUCCAUCUUGGGGCGCCACGACCUGCAGAUGGGCCGCAAGGAGACGGACAAGAUCACGGCCAAACAGGCGGCCAAGGGCAAGUCCUUCACAACGCUGUGCUACUCCGCCGAUGGCCAGUCCAUCUUGGCAGGUGGACAGUCCAAGUUUGUGUGCAUCUACAACAUCAAGGAGCAGAUUCUCAUGAAGAAGUUUGAGAUCUCGUGCAACCUGUCUCUGGAUGCCAUGGAGGAGUACCUGGACCGGAGGAAGAUGACCGAGUUUGGAAGCCUGGCCCUGAUGGACGAGGGCGUGGGAGACGGGGACACGGUGGCUCUCAGCCUCCCCGGGGUCCGCAAAGGAGACAUGAGUUCACGUCACUUCAAACCGGAGAUUCGGGUCACUUCCCUGCACUUCUCUCCCACAGGGCGCAGCUGGGCUGCCACCACCACCGAGGGGCUGCUCAUCUACUCUCUGGAUUCAGGGGUGGUGUUCGACCCCUUCGACCUGGACCUGGACGUGACCCCCAGCAGCGUUCGGCGCCAGGUGCGAGAGGCCGCGUGGGCGGCGGCCAUAGUGUUGGCCUUCCGCCUCAACGAGAGCGCUCUCACCCGGGAGGUACUGGAGGCCGUGCCCCACGAACAGAUCGAGGUGGUGUGUAGCUCCCUCCCGGACGUGUACGUGGAGAAGCUGCUGAGCUUCGUGGCCACAGAGCUGGAGAAGUCCAGUCACCUGCAGUUCUACCUCACCUGGGCCCAGCGGCUGCUCACCCUCCAUGGACAGAAGCUGAAGAACAGGUCAGGCGCCAUCCUGCCCACCAUCCAGGCCCUGCAGAAGAGCAUCCAGAGGCACUUUGAAGAUCUUUCCAAGCUAUGUGACUGGAACAUCUACACCAUCCGGUACGCUGAGGCCCUGUCGAGGCAGAGAGGCCUGAAGAGGCCGGCUGCGGAACCAGCCAGCGAGGACGAGGUGUCGGACGCGAUGAGUGAGGAGUCCGGGGAGGAGGUCCACAUGCUCACAUAGAGUAUAAAGCACGUUCUCCCAAACCGUGGUCCUGGAGGCCAUGAGUCCUGCUCUGAUAACUCACUCUGAUCACCUGAGCCCAGAGCGGAAGUAAUUACACCAGUUACCUGGUUUCACUCUGGUGUCUCAGUGUAACUGAGUGAGGUCUGCUGACCACAGGGACAGCAGCUGGUAGCUGAGGAGUGAGUUGGGUUCUGAGCCACUGAUGGAUUGUGGGAGAUAAAGACUGACUGAUGACCAUUUGGAGCGAAGGGCUAUCUGUCUUUGAAUGUCAGACACAUGGACUGACUAGUUUUCAUAUCGAACCUUUGCAUGAGGGAUGAUGUUGAAACCAUCUCUUACUACUUUUUCUUUUGAUUUUAUCAGUUUUGUGUCUUUCUGUACAAUUUCUGCAAACAUAUUUUUAAGUACUGUAUUGCUUGCAUUUAUAAAACAUGGACAGAAAUGUUCCUGUUCCCAGUUUCUUUUGUUCAUGUGCAAUGCUGCAUUUACGUACAUGAGGAGAGAAAUAUGCUACCGUUUCAACAGGAAGACACUGUGUUCAGUUGACACAUGCAGAUAAUCUAAGUGCUACUUGACCUCAUCAGCAACGCAGGUCGUCUCAUCACACACCACGGUAACCAUGGAGAUGUGCUGGCUGCGGUGCUUUAUUUACCUGUCAUAAAUUGAUGUUUUACUUGUCGUGUCCGUUUCUCAGGACGACCUGCUGAACUCGUCCAAAUCUUCAUAGUUGUGCAUGUGUUGGAGUAACAGUUUACUGAGUUUCACACCAGAUCAUGUGUUUUCUUCAAAAAAAAAAAAAAAACACAUCCUUGUUAAAGUUUUAAAAAAAAAAAAAAUUGAGUUCUCCCGCACUUGACACUGUUAGCACUUGGACCCCAAAAUCCCUGUGGGCUGAAACUGUGGUGAAGCUCUUCUGUUCUAAAAUGUUAAAGGAUGUUGUUCAUCCUUUAAAAAAAAAAAAAAAAAAAAAAAACAUUUUUGUACGAGUGUUUACGUAAGAAAAAAGUCAUGCAAAAUUAGUAUAAAUAACUCUGUGAUGUGUCAGAAUAGAAGAUAAAAUUGAAACGUAUCUCCAAUACUCCAUAUAUGAUUUCAUUGUCUCCUCACUAGAAUGUGUUUUGUUU